AUUUGUAAGAGGUCUUUAACAGCCAGAUCAAUACAGAUUCCGUGAAGUAUUACUACAUGGAUGUUGUGGGACCUAAUUAAGCACGAUCUGGUGGCGCCAGUAUUUUGCAUAAUUAAAGCUGCCUCAGCAGAUGCUGGACGCGAUAUGAAGUCGCUCGGAUGAUGGGUGGAGCACUCGCUUUGCAUAGGGUUUCUAAUAGGUGGAUGGCAUAAAUAUCGGCCACAUCAAAAUGCAGUUAACCAGCAACAUGCCGCAGUCGCAUCUGCAGCAAUCGGUGCCCUUCAAUGCCACCAUACUCAAGGACUUUAAGAUAACCAGCAGCGAGAUUGAGGAUUUUGUGAAGCUUAUGUACGAGUUCCAGCGGAAGAACCAGUCAAAGCUGAACGACGAAUGCCAGGGGUACUGCCAGGGUGAAAUCUACAACUGGCUGAGGGCCUACAACAGCAUUCAUGGCUAUGUAUCCCUUAUGAUUUGCAUUUUCGGAACAAUAGCAAACAUCUUGAACAUAAUGGUGCUAACCAGAAAGGAAAUGGCCAAGGCGCCCAUCAACAACAUUCUGAAGUGGUUGGCCGUCGCUGAUAUGUUUGUGAUGCUCGAGUACAUACCCUACACCUCCUACCAGUACAUAUACAUGGAGCCGGGUGAAAAGGAUCUGAGCUAUGCGUGGGCCGUGUAUCUGCUGGUGCACAUGCACUUCACGCAAAUCCUGCACACAAUUUCCAUUGGCCUGACAGUGAUGUUGGCCGUGUGGCGCUAUGUGGCGAUUAGACAUCCAAAUGAGGGCUGUGCCAAUUUUCUGCUCGCACAUUCCAGGGAGGCCAUACUCUUCCCGUUCAUCAUUUCGCCGAUUCUCUGCUUGCCCACGUACUUUGUGUUUCAGGUGCGGGAGACGCACGACGUGGACACUGUGGACCACGAGGCCCUUUACCAUGUGUACUUUGAUGCCGAUUCGGUUUUGUACAGAUUCAAUUUCUGGAUACAUUCCGUGAUCAUCAAGCUGUUGCCGUGCAGCGCCCUGACCGUCAUCAGUGUCGUCCUAAUGAAUGUCCUGUACGAGGCCUCGCGUCGUCGCCUCAAGCUGAAGGACUACGGCCAUGCCAACAAAUAUGCCACCCAGCUAUGCCUCAAUGACACCAAGUCCAAAAGGCCACCGCGAUGCGAUCGCCGCAACGAUCGCACCACUCUGCUGCUGGUGGCAGUGCUGGUGCUGUUCCUGGUCACCGAAUUUCCGCAGGGAUUGCUCGGACUGCUGUCCGGGAUGAUGGAGAAGUGCUUCUUCGCCCACUGCUAUCCGCCCUUCGGGGAGCUGAUGGAUCUCCUCGCCCUGAUCAAUGCGGCUGUCGGCUUCGUGCUAUAUGGCCUCAUGUCGAAGCAGUUCCGCACCACCUUCCGUUCGCUGUUCUUCAAGCGGCACUUCGGCAGCACAGAGAUGACCCGCUUGACCCGCGUCACCACCACAUGCGUCUAAGGGGGGAGAAGAUUGAGCAGAAGGCCAAAGCCCGACAGGAUAUGGCAUCUCAAAGAUGCAAAGAUGGGCUUGCCUCCAUUGGAAUUUCCAAACUAUAUAUACUUUCUAAAAGUGUUAUUAUCUGUGAGCUGAGAAUUUUGAUCGGUUAAUUGAUUAAUUGAUGGAUUCGUCAUGUGAUUUGGCUGUUUGAGCAAGUGCCAUUUCCCUUCCCAUUUAGCUGCUGAUAAAAGUUAUUGGAUUACGGCUUAAGAUUAAAGAUUAAAGGAUUUUAUCCUUUAUCAAUUAUCCGUUUGAUGUUUCAUAUUGAUGUGCGUUUCGUUAGCUUAAGAUACAUACAUGUG